GAGCCGCUUGCGUUAGCACGCACUUUCGCUCACGCACACAAAAGGGAGAGGAUCGCGCGUUGUCUUAUCGAGUUUAUUUACCUUUUUUGUCUUCUGUUUAUCGAAGGACUGUUGUGGCGAUCUUUUACGUUUUCGAUUCAUCGAGCAAUUACUCGUACCACGCCACUAAUAGCCGAAGAGUAUCCUUUAUUGGUCGAUUUUGGAGAACAACGCUAUGCUGAUCGUUUUCUAGAUGAGAACGAUGAGGCUAUUCAAGCGACGUUCGCUCGACCAGAGCCCCGAACUGGUGUCGGCAACUCCGAUUAGCCAGGAUGCGGCCCUCGAAAUCGUAACGCCUACAAGAAGCAAGAGCGACGUGAAACCGGCUUCAACGUCUUUCUCCGCUAAAAGUCUGACAACGUGGAGCAGACGCGUCGGUGAGAAAUGGGAUCAGCUAAGAAGGACCGAAAGCAGCGAAGUCCUCCCCGGCAGCAGCGUCAGCCGGAGGCGUUACAGUCCGCAAAAGAAGGAGCCAGCAGCGACGAGCGACGGUCAGCCCGUGUCACCCAAGUUCGCCAAACCGAAGCGCGUCAGUCACGUCGAGUCGUUUCGCAAUCUCUUCAAGUCGUCGUCGUCGUCGUCGUCGUCGCUGAAAAAGUCGACGAGCUGCAUCAAGGAGGAGAGCACCGAAGAGACCGACCUGGACAAGACUCAUCGCAUGGAAAAGUCAUGGAGCGAGGGUGCUUUGAAACAUCCGUCGCGCGCGGUAAUUCAGGAAUUGGAGAGUCGAAGGUGGCACAUCAGUCGCAGCAUUCACAGUCUCGAGCAGCAAAGUCGCGUGCUCGAUUAUUUCCUCGAGAAUCAAAGCGUACUUAGGACCGACCGGGGGAAAAUUCUUGCCGAGCGUACGAUCGAGCGAGCGAUGCCUUGCACGAUCAAAAGGAGGCCCUUCUCCGCGAUGCAACACAGACGCUGCGCUAGCCAGUCGAGCAAUGAUUCCAAUGACGAGAUGAAUGCCAGCACGGCCUCCGAUUGCUCUAACGAGCAGGAGAAUGCUCCCGCCAAGCGGAACCUUUUCGCUGGGGACAGCAAGGUUGAGAAUGACGGAUGCAAACCAUUGAAAGAAUCAGCGAUGACCGGCCUGGAGGAUCUGAUGAGCGGACUAAAAUUACGCUGCGACGAGAGUGGCUACGACUCGGACAGUACGCGAGCAGGUGCCGACACUCCAGACAGCGAAAAGUCGGCAAUGGAUGCAGCGCUGCUCCCGCACUGCCGAUCGUCCAUGGAUCUGACCAAGUAUCCGGGCAUCGACUUGUCGCUCUUCAGUCCCGACACGAAGAUCUUCUGUGACGAUGACAAUGUUGAUUUGGCUUCGUUGAAUAAGGAAGACUUUGCUGAUCAGGAGGAGCAAGAGUUGAUCGACCGAGGCGAUGCGACUCUUGUCAACAACAGUGACCUACUGAACGAAUCAUCAAAAACCGACUCGACCGUCAUCGUUUCCGAGAACGAGGAAGAAAUCAAGUCCCCGUUGUCUAUGGGCGCUGUAUCUGACGCAAAAAUCAGUAUCAACAGCGCGAUCUAUCGCACACCGGAGAAGAUGCCACCGCAACAGCCCUCGCGGUGUUCCAAGCUCGGCAAUCUGCCUAAGAACCGCCUUCGCAUGCAGCGCUGCAGCUCGAACGCGAGUAUCUUGCAUUUGCUCGACAAUGCCGCGUCGCCGUGCAAAGAUUCACCGCCGUCCAAAGGAAUCGUCGCCAGGGCGAAGAGUCAACUGCAGUUGGCCUACUCGCACGCUAAACGCUCUCACUCGGCCAUCGAGACUGAGAUUCCGUCCGUCGAGUCGAAUGUCAAGGCAAAGAGACAGAUCUUUGCUACUCCCAAGCCCAUGCCAAAAUCCACCUCGGCGUCGGCACUCAAGACACCCCUUACCAAGAGAGAAUUAAAAACCGUCAAGGUCAACGUCGAGAAGCUUGGAAACAUCGGAAUGUCGGUGCAAAGGUGCGAUGCCGUCAGACCAUACUUCGUCGUCUCUUCGUUGGAAAAACGAGGCGAUGCUGCCAAGUCCAAGCUCGUCCGAGUCGGAGAUGAGAUCGUUCGAGUUUCCGGAAGAAGAUUGAGAGGUAUGUCCCUGGCCGAGGCAAAGAACGCGCUCAAGAGUUGCGUUGGAAACGUGGAAAUCCAGAUAUCCAGAGAGCCGAAUUUAUUUUCCAACGAGGCGUGGGGCAACGAGGAGACGAUGGUACGAUCCAGGAGCGAUUCCGAAGUUUGGGGUUCGACUAUCAAUACCGGUUCGCCUGUUGAGAUGAGAUUUGAUACGCCGACGCGAGAGAUCGAGAAGAGAUCGUCGAUUUCAGAGAAGAAAACUGAGGCCGAAACAACGAAUACAAAAAAUCCGAAGGAAAUCCGCAAAAGCUGUCAAAUCGUCGGUGCCGUUACGAAGGAUGGCCGCACUCUGUCCAUUCACGACAUGGAGUGCAAUGACUCCGACGAGCAGAAAGUUACUGGAAUGAAGAAGUUUCAUAUCCGCAAACGUAGCUCGACGAUAUCAAGCACCCGCCGUGCAACGAGCCUUUCAAUGGAUGUCUUGACAAUCAUUCUGGAGAAAGGUGGUGCCAAGAAAUUGGGCUUCACGAUAGUUGGCGGUGCUGACAGCAAAAAAGGCCCGAUGGGUAUCUUCGUGAAGGAUAUCUUGCCGGGAGGUCAGGCCGCCGAACAGGGUGAACUCAAAGUCGAAGACGAGAUUCUUGCCAUUAAUGGCAUACCACUCGACGGGCUAAGCCAUGCGCGUGCUCUACUGAUUUUCAAAAAUGCCAAAAAGGGUAAACUCAUUAUGCACGUAGGCCGAAGGGACGCGUCCCACAGACGACUGCUUAGGCAAGUCAGUAAUGAGCAUUGAGCACAGUUUCAUAUUGGUAUUAAUGUUGCCUAAUGAUCUCAUUAAGACUUUUUUCGUAUGAUUUAUUUUGUAAAUUUUUCGCGUUCUUGAUUGAUUUACAAAGUUCGACAAAGUAUACGUGUAUUUAUUUGUUUAUGUGUUAAUGUGAUCGUUUAAGUUUGUACAUUUUGUAACGACUAAGCAACGUUAAUUCAAUAUUUGAUUCAUUAUAAACGUUCACUUGAAAGUUUCAAAGUUUUGAAAUUGUGAUACUUCACGUUUAAUAGCUUUAAUAUUAUUUAUGUAGCGGAAAAUCCUUCGAGAACUUCCAUAAUCCAUUCAAAUUAUUUCAUUGUUCUCGGUAUUGUUAGUUUUGUUAAUGAAUUUUUUAAGCCAAUUUCGUCAUGAUUAUUAUUUUUGAUUUCUUAAAGGAUUUUCUGAUUCAGAAAGCUCACACGGUAAAUGUACAGUUCUUGAUAUAUACAAUUAUUACAAAUGCCAAAUCGAAUUAGUUUCUAUCAUUUAUAUUUAUUCGAAUUAGGCUAUGUAUUUCUUGAUUAGAUUUAUUAUAAACAUAAAAUAUUUAGAAUUUAUCGAUAAACUGUAGAGUUUACGAAGUACAUUUAACGGAUGAAAAUUUUCUUAAAAUAUUCUAAAGCAAAGCCUCAUUACACUGAUAUGUAGAUUCAUUUAAUUUAAUUUUUUUUUUGCGUUCUAUCGAUAUUGCUCUAUAAAAUAAUUUUCCUUUUCCGACCAGUUUUGUAUCAAAAAGAAAAUACUCAUAAUUCGUAUGACCUUCAAUGAACGUAUGUAUAGUAAUCGUUAUAAGCGUACGUCAACAUCUGUUAGACACGAGCUAACAGAGAAAAGAUUGAUUACAUUAUUCAAAGGUAGCUUCGUCUUUACGUUCGGCACAUGUUUAACUACAUGUUUUUGCUGUAACAAAUUAAACGACCGUUAUGACCAUCUUAUAUGAAUUAAACUGUUUUUUGUUUGAGUAUGUCAUGUUUACUCAUGAGUGUAUCUUUAAGUUAAAUAUUUAAAAGGUUCAUUUACAAUUGGUAAACAUCUCUUGGAUCAAUAUACAAGUCCUAGAGACUAAUAUUGCAAAUAACUACCUGAAAAAGUCCUGUGAUAAGAAAAUGUAAAUACAAUAAACUUGUAAAAGUAUAAAAGUAAUUAUAUAAGGUGUAAAAAAUAAAUACUGAUUC